CUUCCCACAUCUGAUUCAGUAAAGGCAACAACUCCAAUACCUCAAUUUUUUAAGCUCACUGCAUGCAAUCUUUUAUCUGCCCUUUAUGCAAUCCAAAUCUUCCUAUAAAACUACUACUAUAAUCUUAUUACAACUUCAUCCUUCUUCAAAGCAACCAACCGCACCAUUAUUCAACGCCAAGAUAUAUUAAUCACAGUUUACAGAAAAAGAAAAAUGGCCAAAAAGCUCACCUUCACAUAUUUUUCCCUGAAAACCAUACUAGUACUUCAUCUCUUCGUCUUUCCCAUCACCCUAAGGCCUGCCAAAACAGAUAUGGUCACUGAGGGGGAUGCUCAAGCCCCUACAGUAACUUUCUUCAUGCAUGACAUCAUUGGUGGAUCAACCCCUUCAGAAAGAAUCGUUGCUGGCACCAUUGUAGACACUCAGACAGCUAAACUUCCGUUCUCAAAACCCAACAACAGGAUCUUCCCCUUUAAAGGUGCCAUACCAUUAGUUGAUACAAGCACUGCCACUUAUCCUACACAUUCCAGCACCACCAUGUUCAUAAAAAACAUUGACAAAAACAAGGUUGUUAUUGAUAGGAAUCCACUAGGAGCAUCACCAGACAAGUUUUUGUUCGGAAGAAUAACGGUUAUUGACGAUGAAAUUACGCAAGGGCAUGAGUUUGGGUCAGAGGUUAUUGGUAAAGCACAGGGAUUUCAUUUGACUAGCUCAUUGGAUGGAAGUAGCCGAACCAUGGCAUUUACGGUCGUGUUUGGUGGUGAGGGUGAUGAUGAGGAGGAUGCUGUUAGCUUCUUUGGUGUGCACAGGACAGCUACAAAGGAGUCUCAUAUUGCUGUAGUUGGAGGAACUGGAAAAUAUGAUAAUGCAAAAGGGUAUGCCAAAAUUGAAACACUGCCUUCAACUCAACAGCAUACCACAAAUGGGUUGGAAACACUUCUUCAAAUUACUGUAUACAUAGCCUAG